AUGGAUUACCACCUCCGAACAGUUUGCGCUCCUUCUAGCCCAUGCUCCAACGAAAUUGAUGUCGAUGAGCAGCUACAGAGUGUGAAGACAACAGUUUUAUCAUCAUCUAUUACCACUGGAACCAUUUGUGAUGGUUUCAAAAAGCUUGGAGAAGUCUACAACUGCAUUGGUGAGCUCGCAUGCUUACACAGCCGCCAUGUUACACAGCAGAGGAAAGCAGUGGAGCAAGAGCUGGAGCGCUCGCUUGAUCUCUGCAAUGCCAUGCAAGAGAGCUUUGGGGAGCUCAAGGCAAGCAUCAUUGACAUGCAGAUGGCUCUCAAGAGAGAAGAUGAUGCAGCUGUCCAAGUCAUAAUCCAGUGCUACAUCCGAUUGGCGAAGAAAGCGCAGAAACAGUUCAAGAGGUGCAAGAAGACCAUUGCAGUUGAUCAGGAAAACGGCAGGGUAACCAAGCUGUUGUCUGAAGCCAGAGAUAUUGCUAUCUACAUGCUGGAAACAUCAUUACAUCUCUUGACGAAGCAAAUUGCAGUGUCGAGUUACAGCAAGUGGUCUCUUGUCUCCAAGACAUUCCAGAAGAGAAGAAUUGUGAGUCAGGAGCAAUUGCAGGAGUUGGAGUUGGACAUUGUUGAUCUUGAGAGCGGAGUUGAGGCUUUGUUCAGGACAUUGAUCAAGGGCAGAGUUUUUCUUCUAAACACUCUUAGCUUGUAG